UUAGCUUGCAGAGGAGUAAUGUUCUAACAGUACAUUUUUCACAAGGUCACAGCAUUCAAACUGUUAACAUGGUGAUGAUUGUUUGGCAUCCAGGAAACAAGCAAGCACACUGACAUUUCCAGCGACAUUUAUCUGUACCUUUCAGAAGACACCUUCCAUUUUUCCAAUUGCCCACGCAGUAAACUGUUGUCAUCAUCCCCUUCCUAUAUCUCCUCCCCUUUAUGUUAUUUGAUAGAUGACGACUAAAUGUUCAUGAUAUUAGCAUUUCAUGUAUGAUUGGCAGCUGCAUCCCUGCUUGUUUGAUCACUGAGUGAUUAACAUGCGACGCCCGCCUCAGCUGUUGCCUCACACUGUGAGAUCCUGCUCACGGGGCUGUUAUUCGGAAACUGGCACUCUCUUUCUUAUCUACAUACAGAGUGACGUGUAAUCUCUUGCCGAAUGGGUUUCUGCAAGGAAUUUAGUGCAAGUGAAGCACUUGAGACUGAUGCUGCAAUCAGCUGGAAUGGAAUGAAUUAGAAGGGGAAGAAGAAAUCUCAUCUGGCAUGGUGGAUCUGUUGGACAAUUUUAGUUCAGAGCCCAGGUUGACUUCACAGAGCCUGCCAGAUCCGCAUCUUGAGUACUACAGUCUCCUGCAUUGCACCAUGACCUUGGAUAUACAGACCAUUGUUGUAUUUGCCAUUAUCGUAGUGUUGGUACUGGUGAAUGUAAUUUUAAUGUUCCUGCUCGGCACACGUUAAUGGAUGACUCUUGAAGUAUUGAGUGACACAGCGCUUCAGAGGGACAGCUACAGUAUGGCCCUGCAGUGAUAUGAAUGACGUUGCUGAUCAGUGGCGGUUACAUUGUCAGUGCUGAGGCAGUAUGGGAUCACGUCACAAUGGCCGACCGUGAGUUGGCAUUCAAAGCUGGGGACGUUAUUAAAGUCCUCGAUGCCUCUAACAAGGAUUGGUGGUGGGGACAGAUUGACGAUGAAGAAGGCUGGUUUCCAGCCAGUUUUGUGAGGCUUUGGGUGAACCAGGAAGACACUGUAGAUGAAGCCAGUAGUGAAAUUCAAAAUGGGCAUCUGGACCCAAACUCUGACUGCCUGUGCCUUGGCAGGAGUGUUCAGAACAGAGACCAGAUGAGGGCAAAUGUCAUCAAUGAAAUUAUGAGCACAGAACGACACUACAUUAAACAUCUGAAGGACAUUUGUGAGGGUUACCUUAGGCAAUGUAAGAAACGCAGGGACAUGUUCAGUGAUGAACAGUUGAAAGUCAUAUUUGGAAAUAUUGAAGACAUUUAUAGGUUUCAAAUGAGUUUUGUCAGAGACCUGGAGAAGCAGUACAACAAGGAGGAUCCUCACCUGAGUGAAAUUGGACCCUGCUUCCUGGAGCAUCAAGAUGGAUUUUGGAUUUACUCUGAGUAUUGUAAUAAUCACCUGGACGCGUGCAUGGAACUUUCCAAGCUGAUGAAAGAUGGCAGGUAUCAACAUUUUUUUGAGGCUUGUCGACUCCUUCAGCAAAUGAUUGACAUUGCCAUCGAUGGCUUUCUCCUCACGCCUGUGCAGAAGAUCUGCAAAUAUCCACUACAGCUUGCAGAAUUACUCAAGUAUACAGCAUUGGAACAUAGUGACUAUAGAUACGUUGCUGCUGCUUUAGCAGUCAUGAGGAAUGUGACGCAACAAAUCAAUGAACGCAAAAGGAGAUUGGAAAAUAUUGACAAGAUGGCACAAUGGCAAGCUUCAGUCCUUGACUGGGAGGGUGAUGAUGUUCUGGACAGGAGCUCUGAGUUGAUUUAUUCUGGGGAAAUGACAUGGAUUUACCAGCCUUAUGGACGGAACCAGCAGAGGACGUUCUUCCUAUUUGACCAUCAAUUGGUGAUGUGUAAAAAGGAUUUAAUACGACGGGACAUACUUUACUACAAAUGCAGAAUUGAUAUGGACAAAUAUGAAAUAAAUGACGUUAUUGAUGGAAAAGAUGAGGAGUUUAAUGUUAAUGCCAAGAAUGCCUUCAAACUUAAGAACAAGGAAACAGAGGAAGUGCACUUAUUCUGUGUAAAGAAACCAGAGGAAAAGCAAAGAUGGUUGCGAGCACUUCACGAAGAGAGGAAAAUGGUUCAAGAAGAUGAAAAGAUAGGAUUUGAAAUCUCGGAGUAUCAGAAGAGACAAGCUGCAAUGACUGUAAGAAAAGUCAGCAAACAGAAAGGAGUGAACUAUACAAGGUCAUUACCUCCCUCAUACCCAGCACCCCCGGAUCCUGUCCAUCAGAGAAACUUCAUGCUCACUGAUGGUAUCCCUCAGGGGUCAAUGUAUGAACUAACGGAGCCCAAACGCAGCCAGUCUCCAUUCUGGCAGAACUUCAGUAGGUUAGCACCAUUUAAAAAGUAAUAGGCCAUGUUAUUGUGGGAGGACCUAGCCCUUGUCGAUUACUCCUGGCGGUUAAAAACAAAAUGUGGACCAACAAACAAUGUUUGGAUCAUGGAUAUAGGUGAUUAAACCAUCUGCUGACACCUUCCCUGCUGAGCCUUGGUUCAAAGCAACAUUUUAGCUAAUUAUUUCUUAAUGUGGGUUCAACUGUUCAAAAAACGUACAGUGUGACAACAGAAGGUCAGAAAGGAAUACUGAAAUUGAGACUCAAACUCCAUCACAUUAUUUCAUUUGUGAUUAUGUGAACUUGGGUGUGCUCUUCAGUGCACUGUAAUGCAGCUGUACACAAACACACACACAUAUACGUAUAUAUGUUUAUGUAAUAUAUGUGUGUAUGUGUGUGUAUAUAUACAUAUAUCUCGCUUCUGUUAUUCUAAAAGCUUAUUACAUAUGUACUGGAGUGUGAAUGUUUUAUUGCUUGAUUAGUUCUACAUAAGCUACUACAGAUGUUUUAAUAACAAAUAAUGUAGCCACACUUUUGAUGAUUUAUUAUAUAUCCAUGUAGAUGAUAUGUUGUACCAAGUGAGCAAUCCCAAACUCCAUUUGAAGACAUAAGAGUUUGAGAAUAUUGGACUAUUAGUCAUUAUGCUAAGACAUCAUUUCUAAUGCUAGUCAUGGGGUUUGUAGUUAUUCACAAGGUAAGAUUUAACUGACAGGACCACUUCUUCACUAUCUCUAUACUUAACUGGUUAAAAGCCAAUUUUAUUCCUCAAUGCAACAAAAUUGUUAAACACAAUGGAUAUAUAAUUAUUACCUUUUGACCAUACAAUUAAUUGUUUAAUAUAACGAUAUUUGCUAUGUUUUAAUACACAUUUGUUACAGCAUUAUACUUAAUAGUUAAUAAGGUUCAACAACUGAUCCUAUUGCAUUUUACAUUGUGUUGGUAGAUGUGGUGUAACAUCAACAAGUCCUUUCAGUAGUCAGUUUAUCCUUUCUUCACCUUGUGCAUUUUUGGACAUUUGCCGGCACUUCCCACAGGAAUGGCAUUAACCAUCAGAUUGAUAUGAUGUGGUAACUUUACAACAUCUCUGGACUAUUUUAACUGAAAUGUUUGCAAUUCAAUGGAGCUCUGUGGAUUGAACAGUGCACUACACAGUAGAUCACAAACUAUGUUAUGAAGGAAUCAUUACGGAUUAAGGAGUUAAGUUAUCUUUAAAUAUUGUCCUACAAAAAUGUUUUGUGCCACAAGUGAUGUAAGCAUUUGUUUUGUGAUGUGCUAAAGUUUCAUUAUUUUGCAUUUCCAAUGCACUUGAUGAAAUAAUACGUAGUUUAAAAAUGGUGAAAUAGCCAAUCUUUUGAAAUAAUAAUGAACAUUUUUAUAGAAUUACAGAGCUACUUUUCCAAUAAUCAUAGCUAGAUAUUAUUUUCUAACAAUCUAAAUAAUUAACUAUUUAUUAAACUAGUGCCAAAAAUUAUAGAAAUAAAUUCAACAAAGAAAACCUAGUUAGUAUAUGAUUCAAUACACAGGCACUUAGCUAUAUGAGGGUCAAUCACCAACAACUGACAGAUUGCUCAUUCUGUGCUAACGCUAUAUAAAGGUUGUUGGUGCCCUAUAACUUAAGUAAUUAGCUAAAAACCUGUUUAAUCAUGAAGGUAUUUUCUCAAACUGAAGAUACGGUCCUUCAGGUAUAUGUUAUUGUGAUCCAUUUAGGAAUUUUAGUGGCUUGCUUUUGUUUUGUUUUUACUUAUUGAAUUAUUAAAGCCCAAGUUACUUAGUUUCAUUGUAAUUGCUGUGAUAUUUGGCCAACCAUAUUCAAGCUCUUUGCUCAGGUAAAUUUCAGAAUGACGUGCCAUAUAAACUAGUGAUGGACUGGUACAUUGUUCCACUAAUCCAGUUUUUUCUGAUGAUUUUCAGUAUAUAACUAUAUUGGUAAGUAUGUCAGAUACUGUUCAAAUAUCAGUCGGACCAAAUGUGAAACUACUGAUUGAAAUUGGUGAUUGACAUUGUAACACAAACCAGCAGAGCUUUAAACUAUAUGAAGAAUAAGGCCAAGACUCCUGUGUUGCUGUAUUCUGAGGGCAAGCAAACACAAUCUUUGACUUUUUUUUUAAGCAUACCGUCAAAUGACCACAUAGGAUGAAUCAAAUCAUGUCUGUGCAUUUGCAUUUAAGGCAUUCAUUUUUGUCAUUUGACCAGGGUACUGGACAGGAGGUUUCUCAGGGGAAUAUUGGCCAGAAUACUGAUCUUGCUAGCUCAUGCUCUUUGCAAUAAGUAACUAAUGGAUCUGCAUUGCCCAGAAAGCCCAGAUCAAAAUUCAAAAUCUUGAACAAAGUAAGCCUCCCCUAUGUGCCACAAGUCAGUAGUCUUAGUACUGGACUGGAAUGCAGUGUGAACAGAUAGGAGUGUGAUAUGAUCCAGUAAAGAAAAAAAGAGUGCUACUGCUGGGCCAACCAGAGCUACUAUGAUAAAUAGCAUAAUGAAUUUAUCACUUAUCAUGCUUACAUGGAUGGGGACUGGUUUCCACUGAUGCUUUCAUAGAUAUUGAUAAGCUAUCUUUGCAUUUUUUGCUGAACUUAUCCACCACUCUUAAGAAAGGAAAAUAGAAAUUAUCUGUCACCCUCGUGCAGAAGAUAGGUCUAGUUGUAGUUACAGGUUUGCCUCAAUGGUCUAAUUGGUAAAAUCCCAACCAGUGAAGUACUCUGCCAUACAUACCUUAAGUUUUGAUUGUUGGUCUAUACCCCUGACAUGAUUUAGGUUAUCAAUAAGAACGCUAAAACUGAUCUCAUUGACCAUGGGCUCCCACCAUUGAACUCUAUUCUGUAAUAUUUGUGACAAGGUGUAUGCAUGCAGAGAUAAGAUAAGAGCACGUUAAUCUUCUGAUACCCAUUGUCCAGGUUCAUCUGUGAAGAAUAACUUUUUGGCAAUGAAGUUGGAGACGGCUAAACCCUCAGGUACAUGGUUCAUCAAUGAUACUUGCAAUGUUCAGAGAAUAAAUACAGUUGAAGAUAUUUUAAAAUGAAUUAGGUGUUUGCUCUUUGGUUGAAUAUGAAAUGAAAUGUCCAGAAAAUUAAAGUGGGGGUGCGAUGGAGUUGGAGACUCCUCACCCUACCUGCAAGAAAAGUGUGCAGUGAGCCAACAGACGUAAAAAGGUCAACCUGCAGCCCUAACAUGCUGCAAAAAGCUGAAGUGCUGGGAGUGUCGGAUUUCAACCUCUCACUGGAGAAGAGGUGCCACCUCUGGGAAUUUGGUUUUGCAGCAGUUCCAACAGACUUGGCAAAGCUCAGUAGUGGGCACCAACAGAACUCCAGGAAAAUCCCCAAAAGAGAUCCAUUGGUAUCAAAGUGAGGUAAAUCAGAGAUAUUGAGAAAAGAAGCAUUUGCAACCUUUAUGGAAGGGGACAAUGUGGGUAAAGAUUGGGGUUGAAGUAUAUUAGGACAAAUGGCGAGGGGCGGGGGGGUUUCUCUAAUUGGGUUGGUGAUUUGAUGCUGUUGGUCUCGAUGGGCAAAAAGCAUGCUCCUGCCAUUUUAAAACUUUAAAAUUAAAAAGGCUACCCAUACUCACUUUCCAAUUUAUUAUUGCAUGUACAGAUCAUAUUGGGGAUCAACUGAGCUUUUAACCAACUCAAAUACGCUUUAUUUAUGGUGAACAGAUUUUUGACUUCAGCAUCCUCUGAAUGAUGGGGUUGAGCUGGCGGUGGGGGGAAGGGGGGGGUGGGGGGUUGGAAAGUUGGUGGGAUAGCCACCCAAAUGAUUUGCUAUGCUCCUCAGGCUGAAAGCACACCCAGCAAGCGCACAAAAUAUCCAGCCCAAGGUUACAGUUUCUACACCCAGCUAACUUUGCCUCACUUUGAGGUCAACUAAAAAAAACAAGCUUUUUUUAAAAUCAAACUGUCUCAGGGCAAAGUAUUCCAUGCUUGUAAGCAUAUUAACUGAUGCCAUUACAAACCAGGUUAUUGUACCAAUCUGUCACUAAGAAAAUCCUUCAAUUUUGCUUCAUUGUGUUAACAUAAUGGAUCAAACUUGUAUCUUCCAAAGGGUGUUAACAGCUUCCCGUUUCAUACUGUAUUGCACAGUUGCUCUUGGGUCAUCUAGAACAAUAUACAUCAUAACACAGUCAAAUCUUGACACUAGAAAAAUGCCACACAUGGCAUUUUCACAAGUAUGCAGACUUAAAUCAAUGUAAAAUGUUUCCAUGAUUUUAUGCAAAUCAUUGACACACAUUCUGUGUAGCAGCAGAAUUGCUGUCAUGAAAAAAAUACUUCAAAUUACCUUGCUUGGGAGUGUCUCCACCUUCCAGUUCCUGUGGAACUAAAGGUAAAACUGCCAAUUUUUUUUUAGUUUAUAAUCUCAUACUGGAAGUUUCUCAUGAUGGAAGACAUGAUACCAUUAUCUCAAUAUGUCAGUGCCGCACUGUCGAGAAUUGAUUCUCAAAACUGUCAAUUCAUAUAAACAAAACACUGAACACAUGAACAAAUUAAAUAAUACGUUCGGGGGGUGGUAGGGGCUGGGUUAAGGUGGCCAUCAGUAGACAGAGAGAUGUGAAAUUUGGAAAGCAGCAUCCUCUAAUAAUUCACAAAUUCAGGCAUAAGAAUUACCAUUAAACAAAUUUCUUACUUCUGAAAACAAGUUAUGAAGUAAUUAAGGUUACAAGGUGCAGGAACACUUAUUUAAAAGACCAUACAAUUCAGUUAGAAUUAUUUUAUUGAGCAAGACUGAUGGUUAAGUUACAAAUUCUUACUUUUUUACUACAUGCUGUGUAGUUACAAACACUGGAUUUGUAAAUUAUGUCAAAUUAUCCAUUGAGGUGUGUUAUUGCAAAGUGGUCUGAGCAAAACCAUCUCCUUGAACAGGCAACUUAAAGCGACACUGACUGCAAUUACAUAAUUAUAAUAAUACAACCUAAGCAGCCUCUACUGUCUUAAAAUGAAUAGGACUUUCUUGUGAUUGAUAUGCAUGUCCAAAUAAACAUUGCUCAAUAUAGAAAUGUGAUUUUCACGACCAUAUUGUAAUACUCCAUGAAAUGGGUGAUCAAUUGAGUAACAAGACAGUCCUGUUGGAGCUAAUAGUGAAAAAUGAAUUAGUUGGAAUGAAGGCUGUAAGUAAACAUCAUAAUUUAGCUUGGCCUGUAAAAUAUCAGCAUUUUGCUCAGAAUUUUAUUUCUACAUAUGUACAAAUUAGUUGUAAUAGGAUUAUUUCAUGGGUUUGCACAAUUUCAUUUGUAUCAGUGAUGUUUGAAUUUGAGAACCAAUGCAUGCAUGAUGCCAUUGGAUGCUAUGCAUGGUCUCACUGUUGUUUUUUGGAACACACAUGAUGUUGAUUGAUAAUUUUUAGGGAGUGAUGCAACACCAGUAAAUAAAAUGUAAGUGCAAAUCCUGACUUCUUGUUGCAAGAGAAAGCAUAGCAUGGUAAAAUCACAAAUAAGACAUGAUGUUAGAUAUUAAUUGCUACCAAUUUAAACAGGUCUAAGAUUCCUAUGUGAAUCAUACUACGAAGUGUAGGAUAAGAUUGGCAGAUUGAGAUCUAACCAAUAAGCUCCAGCAGACUAGAGCUUACUUUCUGAUAUCGAAAUGGCCAAUGUUAUAAUGAAAGGUUCGUACAUGGACUUUCUUAGUAUGUGGAUGUAGAUAGAUAUGUAAAAUUAAACAUUACCUUUCAUGAAAAUAACUCCUGAAUAUAGAUUCACUUUAGUUUUACUCACUCAUGUAGAAUAUAAUUGAGAUAUUCCCCUGAUGUGUAAUUAUAUCUCCAGCUUACUGUCAUUUAUCCUAAAUCUGUUGUGACUAUGGUUAGUCCUCAUCAGUUUAUAUACACUUGUAUCAUUGAUUCUCUCACAUGAAGAUGUAUUAUUUAAAAAAGACAUGUAAUUAUUAUCAUUUACCAAUUAAUUAUAAAAAGAAUCGAUACCAACGAUAUGUUGAAGGACAGUUUUUAGAUCUUCACUGAUAGAGGAGCAGGACAUUUUGGAAUAUUGGCAAAUUGUUGAUUGUCAAGUUGGAAGUCUUAUUUGUUGCAACUGCUCUUCUCAGUGGAACCAUACAAAGUUGGAACAUCAUAAGUGAAACAGGACGGCUGAAGAAUAUAGCUGUAGCUGACUCACAUAUGGCCACAUUACAUCUGGAAGUUCGGAAAGUUUGUUACUAAAACAAUAUACUUGCUACUUUUAAAAAAUAUUAUUGAUUUUCUGCUACAGUUAUAUAAAAUUAAUACUUAUAGUUGCUCCAAGUAAUCUUUUAAAUAUCAUUUAUUUAAAUUAAAAGUGAGGUAUUAAAAGUGUUCAUAAAAGAUUCCUUUUCCUGCCAUUUAAUUAACAAUUUUGGCACUAAGUUAAUGCUUUUGCUAAAACAGCAAUCAGAAAUCCAGUAUAAUGAUCUUAACAAAAUAUUUACUAUCACACAGUAUUUCAGCCUCGAUAUUUUAAAUGUCCCAGUUAACAGGCACAUCAUUACUUAGAAAGUAUUAAUGGUGAAGUAUUGACAAUAUAUUGUCUUUGUAACAGCCUAAAUGGUAAUACCCUCAUUCUUUAUACUAUGGGAGAAGAUUCUGCAAAAGCUUAUUUUCUCUAUAUUAGAGCUAUAAAUUGCCAAUAAGAGAAGUUUAGGAAUUGAAAUCAUUAGUUCUAAUAGUUAAUUUAUGCAGCAUAUUGUUUUUGUGAUUCAUGAAUGAAUUUAUGGAUAAACUGUAAUAAUGUCAAUUGGACCGAUUGGCUAUAAUACUGGAAAAUAUUUUUCAAAUGGGUUAGUAGAUGAAGGUAAUGACCUACUUUGUCCAAAAAUCUAUAGGCAACAAGGUCCCAAAAUUGAUAGGUGAUCUUAACCAGACCAGCGAUUGGAGUACUACAAUUUUUCUCAGCACCCGGUACCUGGAAAAUUAUUUUUAUGUGAAUGACUGCAAAAUUAGAGCUGAUGAGGAUGGUCUACACAUGAAAUUAGACUGCUGACGUCUACACCACAUCACAUUACAGAAUGCCUACUUGGACCAGAUACUAGCACCAUGGUACUGGUGAGGCAUACAAAACAGGCAUACAAUCAGCUAGCUAAAGUAAAGUCAUCUAUUCACCUGCCAACAAACAAAUAUUAACUGAACAGAGUUUCUUGUACUGCAGUAGUAGUAUCCAGGUUCAAGUCUCACCUAAGAACAGAACAUACACAGAGGUGGGUGAUUACAUAUCUAAACAGGUUGUUUUAAAUUAAAACAAGCACUAACUUGCAUAUUAGAAAGCAUUUUCAUAGUUUUCAGUUCCUUGGCAAGUCAUCAGCUCAGUCAGAAAGUAGACAGUGAUGGUAUUAACCAGACUAUUGAUGGACUUGAUUAGACACCUGUCUCCUACCUCUGCAGCCUAGGUUUUAAAAUUAACCUAGCCUGAUAAAUAGUGGGAUAGUGUUCUCUUUGGUAUUUUGUCUAUGAAGGUCCGAUAUGAAAUUAAAUUGAGUACUUUCAGUUUAUUUACCAUAUUUGCAACAUAAAACUGUCCCAAAUUAGCAUUAACUAACAUAAAAAUGUGUGUGUGGGAAAAUGGUAGUGGUACAGUAAAGGCUGUUGUUCUAAGGUUGUUCUAAGGUUAGAGGUAACGCUUAUUGUUAGGCAGAUUGGAGUGAGCUUUGCUUGGCAUAUGGACUUGUGAAUAGAUUGUAAAAUGUAUGCUGAAAAUUACUGAUUCUGGUAAUAAUUUAUUUAGCAAUCCCAGAGUUGUAUUUAACUUGUUUCAAGUUUUUGGUGUGAAGACAUAGGAGUUCCAUAAUUUCUUGUCAGCCUACGGCAAAAUAAGACAAUGGCCAUUUCAACUGCUGGCUUCAUGAAUAUGCACUCGGCUAGCUGAAAUAGGACAUUGUGCAGCUGGAGGCCUGUGAGAAAUCAUUUAAAAUAGUGAUGAAGAGAAAUUAUUUCUCUCAAAAGGAUUGUGAAGCUGUAGAAUUCACGACCUCAGAAUAUAGUGAAUACUGGGACAUUGAGUGAAUUAAAGGAGAGAGACAUUUUUAAUUAGUAAUGGUUUCAAUGGAAAUGGAUGGGGGAGGGGGUGCAGGAAAGUGGAGUUGAAGCUGUGAUGACAUCAGCCAUGAUCAUAUUAAAUGGCGGAGCAGGCUUGAUGUGCUGAAUUGCCGACUCCUGACCCUAUUUCUUAUGUUUUUAUAAGUGAUGAAAUAGGAGCUGGUCAGAGAACAUCACAUGAUUGGGAACUAACAGUCUGAGGCAAGUUAAGUCUCACUUUUCCUUCUCGGUACUGCUGCUCCUCCUGGACUCAGAAAUGAAAGUAAUUUGCUUAUCUUGAAAAGUCUGUUUUCCUUUUGAUCCUCUUCUCACAAGUUUGCAAAGUUCAAAGACUUCACCACUUGAUCCAAAGUUCAAACUUUAGUUGCGGAAUGACCCCAAUCUGUUUAUUUAAAGAAGGGAAAUGCCAGUUUAGUCAAUACAGCCAUAGCAGUAAAAAUCAUCAGCAGUAGGAUCAGUAUAGGACCUAUUUGCUUGAACAAUUGCAGGAAGUUCAAAAUAAGAAGCUUCCUAUAAUAUUUUUUACACAAUCAAUAUUAAAAUUAAUAAUUUGAAGAUAUCUUUAAAAUUGAUAUUUUUUAUUAAACUAUCAGUCUUGGUUGUAAUGUUCUCUUCAUCAAAGGCCAUCAUUGGAGACAAUUCUUGACUGAUUGAUCAAAUUAAUUUAGAGACUGGAAAGAAGACAUGAAUUGGAUUUAUUGUAUCGCUGGUGAAUGGCAGAUGUUGGGCUUAAAAUAUUCCUGCUGUAGUUUAGCCCAGUGCCCUUUCUGCUUGACAUGAACGCUAAUUGUGAUGAGUGUUGACUCUCAGGCUUCCCAGUAGGAUUUGUUUCAGUGAUUGCAAUCAAUUACAUAUUUGGCUGAACUCACAAAUCUGUAUUAGUCACACAUUUGAUUCAACCUUCUUAAAUUCUCUUGCUUUAUGUUGUUUUAAUUAAAAUUAGGGAUACAAAUUCAAAACUAAAAGAAAGUAUUGAUAGGAAGUAUUGUGCUAAUUCAUACCCAUUUGGACACAUUUGAAGUGUCAUUUGUGAACAUGUUCAUAGGAUGAUAUGUCCUUCAGAAGAUAAUAUGGAUUAACAGGACAAAAAAAAACACGAUCUGAUCUUUCUUUGCUUACUGACAAUAAUGCUAAAUUUUGCUGGGUUAUACAUAGAAUGGCCUUUCUUGCCUGUAAUGAUGUAAGUCAUAUUAAAAAUAAUCAUUUUCAUGUCACAAUGUAAUUUCUCCUCCAUUUUAUUGAGAAAAGAACAUCGACAAGUUCAAUUAACACCAGUGUACUUCCCAUGGUGAUUCUAGUAAAGUACCAUGGCCUGCAGGGUACCGCUCAUAAGAAUAUUGGUUUUGAUGUGCAGUGGUUUCUUUGAUAAGGUCAAGCCUGUUUUAAAAAUCACAAAGGUGCAUAGGUUCAAGAGGAAAGCGAAACAUGUCAGUUUUUAAGAGCUGUUACCAAUAAGUAACAAGAAGAAUGGGUGCCAAAUUGCAGUUUUUACCAGACCUGCAGUGAGAAAGAUCAGAAGUUGCAUACAUUUCUCUGAAUUUAGCAGCUAACAGCCGGGCCACUAUCUUCCCCUAAACACUGCUGGCAGAACGAGUUUCAGACAAUCUCCAGUCCCCACCACCUUCCCUCACUAUGUAAAGUUAUAAAAGUAUAUAUGUAAGCUUGGUGCUGUAAUGUUGGAAAAGGAAAAAAAAUGUUCUUUCUAUUUUGUUUAUCAAAUUUAGGCAUAAGAAUUUUGUAACUUUUGUGAAUGUUUGUCAAUGUUGUUCUACAUGCAUUAAAAACUGUCUUGCAAUUAAAAAAGGUAACAGCUGAUUUCCAAAGGUUUAUUUUUAAAAGCUUUGUUGCUAUUCAUUAAAUGGAACAUUUGUCAUUUGUGUAGAGAUUGUGCAGAACACAACUAGUACUAUUCCAAAAAAAUUAAUUUUGUUCUUUUAAGAAAUAUAAUUAUGUCCAUGAUGGGACCCAUGUUUAUCUGUAAUUAUGAACUCGAAGUGAAAUUAUAUAGCUGCAAAAGCUCUUGAAAAUAUCAAUGCACAUAUUUUGUGAAAUUGUAAUAAAUCUCAAAUUUUGAUGCCCUUUCAUAAAGAUCCCUUCAGAACCUUUGUGAUAAGUGAUGUAGAUAACUUCCCAUUUUCUUAUGGGUUCAGAAUAAACAAUUCUGUUAUUGGUAUAAAUUUUAUGAGCGAAUAUUCCCUCGAGUGACCCAUUGGUUAGUUACAAGUAGGUCAUAAAAAGCAGAAGAUUCGAGCUUUAUGGUGAGGUAAUCUGGGCAAUAGAUUUGGGAUUGUAAUGCUGUAAAGUAGAAAGAGUGAAUGUUGAGUGAGGGCAGUAUUGACAUGGGCUUUAAUACUUUGUACAGUUGAAUACCUUGCUGUGAGAUUCUCAUGUCUCAUAUCUGAUGAAAUAAUACUGGAAAGUUUCCUAUGUCCAUCAACUGUACCCUAACAGGAGUCAGUAUCACUAGGACUCCAGAGUAGAGAAAAGAUGGAGAAGAAAUGAAAGAAAAUCAAGUUGCUGAGCUUUACCUUGUCACUUAUUGACAGUGAAUAAGGUACUGAUAAAUUUUAUCAUUUUCGAAACACAAUUAUAGACUGACGAUUCAAAAUCAUAGCCACUUACUGUCAAAGAUUAUUGGGGUAGACAGUAAUGUGGAGUUGAGGCCAGAAUCAGAUCAGCUAUGAUUUUGUUGAUUGGCUGAGUGGGUUUGGGGUGCCAAUGACCUACUCUUGCAUCUAAUUCAUAUGUUCAUAUAUAUGAAUGUAUGUAUGACUCAUGUAAUUAUUUGGCCAUUUCAAGAUUGUAAAGUGUAGACAAAGCAGAUCACAUAAUAGGUGUGCAUUUAACAGUCAUAGAAUGCAGAGUGCAUAUCAACUAAUGGAGGGCAGAUUAAGUUUCAAAAUUCCUUUAAAAUCAGACAUUGCCUUUUUAAAAAAAUACUUAUUGACCUUGUUUCUUGCUGUAUAUUUGAUUGCAUUUUGUGAAAUAAUGAUCAUUUAAAUCUGAACAACGUUUCAUCUGAUAAAACUUGGUUUAUGUUUUGCAAUAUUGCUGCUUACUGCUUUUCAGUACUUUUAUGAAUGCCAUUGGGUGUUUUCUUUUCCACAGCAUUUAAUUUUCUGUGUAAA